AUGGCAAAACCGGAGCCCGAUGUCGUCGUCCCAGAAGGGGAUCCAGCAAAAGGGGCUAAACUCUUCAAGUCCAAAUGCGCUCAAUGCCAUACAAUAAAUAAAGGAGGAAGUGUGAAACAAGGACCUAACCUAUUCGGUUUUUAUGGCCGUAAAUCAGGAUCUACCGACUACGCAUAUUCCGACGCAAAUAAAAAUUCUGGCAUCGUAUGGUCCGAUAAACAUCUCUUUGUGUACCUGGUCAACCCCAAGCAGUAUAUUCCCGGAACAAAAAUGGUUUUUGCCGGAUUAAAGAAGGAACAAGAUAGGGCGGAUUUAAUAGCAUAUCUGAAGGAAGCAUCUUCCAAAUAA